UGUCUUUUGAUUCAAUGCAGAAUUUGUUAUAUUGUUGAACAAUUAACUGUGUGUAUCGUAAGGCUGAACUUUCUCUGUUUCUAUGUUAUAGUCUAUCUAUAGGUCUAUUCUUUAUGUUUCACUGGUCCCAGUUUCCACGUUGAAUUUAGUCCGGGGAUUAGGAAUGUUUUCUGCACUAGCCAUCCAUACGGCCAUCAAAUGGACGUUUGAAACACCUUAUUUCUAUCUUUAUUAUAAGGUUAUAGCUCUGUAUAGUUUUUAGGUUCGUAGGUUUUCACCAAUGCUAUAAACAUAGACCAAUGAUGACAUUUUUGGGCGUAAACCGCUAUGUGUGUGAUACUUCUAAAGGACGAUGUUCGAUAAUCCAUGUGUUUUGGAGAGGGUCGGUCUGUAUUUCAGGUCCUGUAAAGUACCUCGUAAAAUAAACCCUUCUUAAACACACUGUAUAAUUUUGGAUUGGUCUACUAUGUGGUCAUUUGAACACACACACGGCCUAACUCGACAUAGAUACAUUUCUCAACAUUUUGUAAUUUCCCCAUCUGAUAGAUUUAUACGUUAGAUUCUAAUCCGAUGUUAAUUAUUUGCCUUAAAACUAUAGGCCGUUAUAGGAGAGAACCGCGAGCAUUUAAUAGUCACUAGGAUUGAUUUAUCCUUUAUUGUUCAGCCUUUAUGGUCACGUGCGCCUUCUCGCCCAAUGGAACCCGAGUCUGCCUCUCCACUACGAGUCGACUGUAGUUCUUUGAGGAGUCAAGUUGCUACUUGAUUUGUUCACAUUGAUGUUUGCGAGGCAGGGUUUAGUGAAUGUGCAUGCAUGUGUUGGGUGAGCGUUUUAUUGUUGUUGUUGUUGUUGUUGUUUGCAUCUGUAUAUGAGUGGGUACAUGUUUGAGUAUCUUUGCCAUGUCGACGUCCGGAACGCUAACUAGUUACUACGUAGAUUCACUAAUCCUGCCCGAGAGUGAGGAGCUCACUGCGCCCCGAUACCCUUCUGCUCCGGGGGGGCUACAACAGUCAAGGCAGUCCGCCUCCAUCAACGACCACAAUGAUAUUGGGACCUGCACGUUUUCCACCAAAGCUUCGGUAUUCAGCCCGUCUUGGAGUCAUGUCCAGGCGCCGUUCCCGGGCUCCGUGUAUCACCAUCACUACGGGCACCACCAGGGCUCGGUCAGCGGAGACAGCGAUGCUCGCUACAUGCAGUCCUGGCUCCUCGAGCCCAUGUCCGGCUGCUUGCCCAUGUCCGGAUUACAAGCGAGCCACAAUUACGGGAUCAAACCGGAGGGUCUUGCAGCCAGAGGCGACGGUGCGCUCCCCGGUUCCCACACGGCGCUGCUGCUCUCCGAUUACGCCAACGGGACGGUGGCGACAUCGCCGGUAGAAAAGGACGCACCACCGCUCCAGGGAGGGGACAUUAAGGGCGAAGGAGACGUCAAACCGGCCCUCGAUCCAAAUAACCCCGUGUCCAACUGGCUCCACGCAAGUGCCACGAGAAAAAAGCGCUGUCCGUAUACCAAGCACCAGAUCCUGGAGUUGGAGAAAGAGUUCCUCUUUAAUACGUACCUGACGCGGGAACGUAGGUAUGAGGUGGCCAGGCAGCUAAACCUCACCGAGAGACAGGUUAAAAUAUGGUUCCAGAACCGUAGGAUGAAGAUGAAGAAGUUUAACAAAGACGGCAGACCGAAAGAUGAAUAACACGAACAAUAUAUUCUGCAGCAUGGGCUACUACGGCUUGAUGCGCUAAAGCUCUAUCCUCUGCUGGACCAUCUUUUUUAAACAUCUUUGUUAUUGUUUAUUUUUUGCCCACAACAAAAGCUGUUAGGCAUAUUUGUCUUAUAAAAAAACGCAUGUCGGUUUUAAAUGUAAUGCAACUGCCUAUAUUGCACAAUUUGACCAGUGCCCGUUUGUUGAUUAUGUUGGAAUCUCGAGUCGCGUGUUAGUUGGCCUUGCCCCUGUGUUAGUUGUAUGGAUGUUUAUAGGUGUGAAUGUGUGUGUGUGUUCACUGGUUUGUAGCUAUUUGUUGUCUAACUCAAUGUCACUGAGCGUAGUUUGUAGAGUGUAACUAAUUUUAUUGAUGUAUGACUCUUAUUGAUAGUGCUGCUGUUGGAAAAACUGCAGUUUUAAUUUAACAUCUGGAAAUCAGAAUAAUCGCAUUAGAUGCAUCGGCCUUUUAAGCAUAAUUCCAAUCCAGUUAUUAAUUGCUACAGGCUAUAGAACUAUAAUCUUCUUUUUGACUGCCUAAAUGUCUCUCAACUACCUACAAUAACCUAUUUUUUUGCCAGCGAUAUGUGCUUGCAUUAGAUAAUGACCAAUGACUGAAUUUCAGGGAGUAAUAGUAUUUGGAAAGGAUAUACUAUUUGUUAGAGGGAAGGAAACACUGUAGUGUAAUUAAUAAAUACCUCAUGGUCUGAUGACCCUUCAGAUUUUUUUUUAUUUGGUUCACAAAUGUAAUUUGUACUUUAUUUAUUGAAUAAAACAAAUUAUAUCUGCGAAUACAUUCCCAUCGCAUCUCCAA